CAGUAAUGUUAGAUAGUGCACAAUAUAACUAUUUUCCUCGCUUGCAAGGGUAAGAUCGGACAUUUAAUUUGACCUUUGACCGCAUUUACGAUCUGGUUGUCAUCGGAUCGGUCAUUCGCGAUGUGAUAAUGGCGGCGCCCUAAAUGAACUUCUUUGCUGCAAGAAACACUGGAAAUUACAGGUUUUGACAACAGAAAUCAAGAGGAUUGUUGGAAAAUAUGUGUUCUGCUAUUGCAGCUUGUUAACAUAUGUGCCGGUGCCAGCCAUUAGGUGUGGACUAAAAUAUCUGCAAUCAUGCCUUCUUCAGUGAAAGUUAUUGUGAAAGAACCUGAUGUUCUAAAGCUUGUAUUGGACUUCUUAAGUUCCAGAGAGCUUUACAUGUCGAUGAGAUCACUGGAACGUGAAAGUGGGGUUGUUAAUGGAUUGUUUUCAGAUGAUGCACUCUUCCUGAGGAACCUUAUUCUUGAUGGACAGUGGGAUGAUGUUUUGGAAUUCAUUCAACCCCUAGAGAGCAUCGAGAGUUUUGAUAUUAAGAGUUUCCGUUUUCUGGUUUUGAAGCACAAAUUCCUGGAAAUGCUGUGCAUGAAAGAUGAAGAUCUACAACAUCUUCAAAUGGAGUUUUCCAUCGAUGAGGUAGUUUCAUGCCUGAAUGAACUUGAGCCUUACUGCCCUACUAAGGAAGACUACAGCAAUUUGUGUUUACUGCUGACCUUGCCACGGUUGACUGAUCAUGCUGCCUAUAAGAACUGGAGCCCUAGCAAUGCUCGUGUCCAGUGUUUCCAAGAUGUCUACCCACUGGUAGCAAGAUUCCUCCCAGCUGAUAAGAACUUAGAGAGCAGUGAUCAUACUGCUAGCAAAGAUCGCCUCAUUCAGCUUCUCAUCAAAGGUUUGGUGUUUGAAUCCUGCGUAGAUUUCUGUCAACAGAGGGCCACAGCCAAGGACGUCCAGUAUUCUACCCUCCAAGGGAUGCUGACGGGCUCUGAUGCUGAUGAUGCUGAUCUGAGUUUAUUGUCAUGGUUACAGAGUAUUCCUCCAGCAACCUUCAGCUGCCCCUUUGAGCAGAAGUCACUAGAAGUUGCCGUUGAGCGGAUAAGCAAACCAAGUGCAUCAUGGUCCGAGCAAAUUAUGACACCUAUGACUCCCACACCAAGCAGCAAACAGCGAGGAUAUCCUUCCCCAUCACCUACAACACCUAUCUUGUAUCGCAACAGACCUUGGUCGGCAGGCUCAUCCAGAGGCUUGUCCCAGUCAUUGACUCCAACCUUGGAGGCGGUACUCCUCAGCCAGGGGAAGAAGAAAGAAGACAGCCCUGGUCAAGAGGUUAAUAUGAUGUCACGGUCCAUGGGCAAUGUGCACUUGUCAGGGGGAAUGCCGGCUACAAUGAAUACAUCCACAUUGGCACCUGUUGCAGAAGAUGUAGAGAGACCACCAAGCCAAUCGAUGAUACUAAAGAGCCCACAGAAGACAGGGAACAAGACUUUACCAACCACUCAGCCGGUGACACAACUUUCUCAAAACCCUGGGAGCUCAAAUGCUGAUGCCUAUGCUGAAUUUCUUGCCUCCAAGAAAUUGUUCCAACAGGAUCUGGAGCGACAAGAAAAACACCGACAGCAGCUGCAGGAGCUUUUACAGAGUGAGGGCGCUGCAGGAGAUGCCCCACGCUUACAUCGUAACAUGGGCAGUGGAGAUAGCCUGUCUUCUCAGUCCAAAUUUUCUCCUGAUGCUGUUUCCAUGAAUGACAAAGGCAGUCAGGCCACACCUGUGUUUCUCUCCUUCCAUAAGCCACAUCACCCAGCCAACGUUCACUCUAGCACACCCAAGACCAAUCGUUUUGACCCCACGGUAACACCUGAUCCUGGAGCCUCCCCUGUCUUGGCUAAACACACGGUCCCGCAUUCUUAUACAUACAACUCUCGGCAUGAUUCUACAGAAGAAGGCACAUCUAUCGAUCCUGUUCACAGACUUGAAGCUUCUCUAGGGGAGGUGUUAGCACCAGGAGGAAAUCUAAUGAAUGUCACGUAUCUUAGCCCAAGCCUCAGCCACCUAAAAGAGAAUAGUGAUGCUACCUCAGAGCAUGGAAUGGAAAACAGACUCCCAGUUCAGGAGGCUGAAAGCAAUCGCCCAAAAUUAUUGAAGGAGAAGAUUACUGGAAGUUCAAGCAGAAUGCUCAGGGAUUCAGACAGAAAAGCCCCACGCUAUGUCGCUGUUACUACCCUUGAGGAUGUGCAGGCAAUACGAGCUGUGACCUUUGACCCAACCGGCUCAUUGUACGCUGUUGGAGCUAAUUCCAAGACCCUUCGCAUAUGCUCCUACCCUGAUGUAUCGCAUGUCACUGAAGAUGAAACCAAGCAACCUACAGUGUUGUUCAAACGCACCAGGCAUCACAAAGGAUCCAUCUAUUGUGUUGGUUGGAGCCCCUCUGGAAAUCUAAUAGCAACAGGUUCCAAUGAUAAGUUUAUCAAGCUACUGCGGUUCGACCCACAGAAGUGUAAUGCAGAUGGACCUGAUAUUGACAUGACAAUGCAUGAUGGCACAGUGCGGGAUUUAGUCUUUCAACCAGAGAGCAGUCAUGGAACUGUGUUGGUCAGUGGUGGUGCUGGUGACUGUAGCAUCUUUGUUACCGAUUGUAAUCAAGCACAAACUAUUCAUGCAAUGGCUGGGCACUCAGGUCAUGUGUUAUCACUGUACUGCUGGGGAGCUCACAUGCUAGUGUCCGGAUCUCAGGAUAAUACUGUACGUCUGUGGGAUCUACGGACUCCACGCUGUGUUCAAGUCAUUGGCACUCCAGGCUCGGACUCAGGCCAAGGCACAGCUGCAGCGACUGUUUGCGUUGAUCCAUCAGGCAGAUUACUUGCCUCAGGUCAUGAGGAUAGUUCCUGUUUGUUAUAUGACAUCCAUGGUGGUCGCAUUGUGCAGACUUACAAGAAACACAAGGGAGAGGUACGAUCAUUGAGGUUCUCUCCCAAGGCAUUGUACUUGAUGUCUGGAUCCUAUGAUGGCACAGUGCUUAUCAGUGAUUUACAAGGAGACCUUACUAAAACUUUGCCGAGUACUUUAGGAGCUAAGCAUAAUGACAAGGUGAUUCAGUGUCGCUGGCAUCCAACUGAUUUCACCUUCCUGAGCUCAAGUGCGGAUCGUACUGUCACCCUGUGGGCACCUCUUCAUCAGUAGGUUUGUUAGUAAAAAA